AUGUUUCCUAAAAAACCACCAACAGAUAUAAAUAAAAAUGACUUUUUACAUAAUUUGGAUGAAGCUCGUGAAGCACGACGUCGUGAAAAACAGAUGCAACAAGCUGCUAUUAUCAUUCAAAAAACAGUGCGAGGUUAUCUGAUUAGAAAAAAAUAUCGAGAUUAUCGGAAAAAUGAACUUAAACAAAUAUUUCUUGGUUUUACUGACCCAAAUCCACAAAAAUAUCCAUCUUUGCAACUUGCAUCAACUAUGUUUCCUCACUUACAACAUUUUCUUCUCUAUUAUAAUCGAAUGAAAGUUAAAAAUAAUUCAACAGAUUUACAACAAUUAUUAUUAGGUGUAUUGAAUUAUAUUUCAACAAGUCUAAUCAUAGAUGAUAUUAAAUAUAGUCAUUUGGCUGCGUUUUUUAAUAAAGAAGUUAAUGCACAAUGGAUGAAAUUUAAUCAAGAUUUCAUGAUAGUAAUACUUAAAGUGAUUGAAACAACAGAGUUAACAACAAAUGAUGAUAUUAAAUUAAUUAUUAGUUCUUUAAAUUAUCUUUAUCUUAUAACUGAUUGUCAAAGUUGGAAAGCAUUACAAAAAAAUAUGAGUAUGUUUAAUAUAGAUUAUUGUUAA